GUUCAUUCACUUCCUAGAAGGGAUUCCUCUGUACAUUGUACACAGCAUCUUAUGUAACUGCUUGAUUUCCUACAUAAUUCGAUAGUCUUAUGCUUCCGCAAGUUGCUAGAAACGACGGAUAUCGUGGAUCAAAGAUGCGCAUAAUGGUGUUCAGACACCACUUAAUUUAUAAUGAACAAAUUACAAAAUUGGACACGAAUAUGAUGCAGAAAUCCUGAUUCAUCACCGAUUAGAUCAUUCAUAGGCUUAUAGAAGCAGUGGCACAAUCAAUACAUUGUCGAUGUGUUUUAACAUGACGGUAACUACCCCCACACACAGAAUUAUUUCUGCCAAUGCACCUGGCGUCAAAUAUCGCUUAAUGCUGUUCCUACUUUCCAUAUUACAUACAAUAACAGCGUUUGAAACCUGCAGAAAUCACAGGAAUAUACAGAACUAAUCACUCUUCGAUUUAAUAGAAAGUGAGUGGACUGGGGGAAGGUUAGAAAAUAUCUCCAACAAGACUUAGGGGAUGUAUUGCUUUUCAUGAUCCAUCAAGCACCCUUAAAGCCAUACGCACUCCGUCUAGAUGUUUCUCCCGAUCAUGCGUUAGAAAGGUGCGUCUGCUGGCUGCUGCAGCGCAUGGUGAUGGCUACGCGCGUGUCCUGCAUUGCACCUGCACCUGCAAAGUUCCGGGCUGCAAUGCCAGGCUCCUUUCCUGUGUCCUGAUCAGACACCAGCAGGAAUAAGAGGUCCAUCGCCAUGCCGCGGGUAGACGUCGACCUCAAGCUGGACUUCAAAGACGUCCUACUGCGACCCAAACGGAGCAGCCUGAAGAGCCGCCUGGAGGUGGACCUGCAGAGAACAUUCACAUUCCGAAAUUCCCAGCAGCAGUACCAUGGCAUCCCCAUCAUUGCGGCCAACAUGGACACCACCGGCACCUUUGAGAUCGCACAGGCAUUGUGCAAACACACCCUCUUUACAGCUGUACAUAAACACUACUCCGUAGAGGACUGGAAGGCCUUUGCAGACAGGUGUCCAGAAUGUUUGGAGCAUGUAGCAGUCAGCUCUGGCAGCAGCCAAGUAGACUUUGAGAAGCUGUGUACCAUCCUGAAGGCUGUGCCCGCCAUCAAGUACAUCUGCUUGGACGUGGCCAAUGGCUACUCGGAGCACUUUAUUGAAUUUGUUAAGACCGUCCGGGGCAAGUUCCCCAACCAUACCAUUAUGGCUGGAAAUGUGGUAACCGGGGAGAUGGUGGAGGAGCUGAUUCUCUCGGGGGCUGACAUCAUUAAAGUAGGCAUCGGGCCAGGUUCUGUUUGCACAACCCGCAUGAAGACCGGGGUUGGAUACCCUCAACUGAGCGCCAUCAUUGAAUGUGCAGACUCAGCUCAUGGCUUAAAGGGACACAUCAUUUCGGAUGGAGGCUGUAGCUGUCCUGGUGAUGUGGCCAAAGCAUUUGGGGCGGGGGCAGAUUUUGUAAUGCUGGGAGGAAUGCUGGCAGGACACGACCAAUGUGCAGGCGACGUCAUUGAGAAGAACGGCAAGAAGGUGAAGCUUUUCUACGGGAUGAGCUCCGACACAGCCAUGAAGAAGUACAUGGGGGGAGUGGCAGAGUACAGGGCAUCUGAGGGCAGGACAGUAGAGGUGCCCUAUAGGGGCGACGUAGAGAACACCAUCCUGGACAUCCUGGGGGGACUGCGCUCCACCUGCACCUACGUGGGGGCCACGAAGCUGAAGGAGCUGAGCCAACGGACGACCUUCAUCAGGGUCACUCAGCAGUCGAGUAACAUGUUCUGCUAGUCAGUGCACUCACGCCCAGCAGCUCCCACACUCCACUCCCAGCAUGACCCACACCGCAGAUUUUGGGGCAGGUGAACAGCCAUUUUUGUACGGCCCUCAGAUCAUUCAUGGUCUCUUUACACUAGGCGCCAAGUACACAACGUGACCUGCGCUGGGAAACAGAUUUAGUUUGGUACAGGCGUCUGUCCCAUCUGACAAAGCCAUAGUUUGGUAUCACAGCAAAUCGUCUGUAUUUCACUCAGGACUCCUGUGUUGAAUGUAAGGAGACUCCUUGUCUGACUAUAGAGAGAUUUGCAUGUCCCUUAGAUGUUCGGCUGACAGUGCAAAAUGGAAAAGCUCACUCUGUGACAACACCAGAAUAUAGAAUUUGUCUCAGACACAAGCAGAAUUCUGAAUGUGGCUAAUGUAUGUAGAAGCAGGUGUUACACUCCCAUGCGCAUGUCUUCACUGAUACAAAACUUGAAUUGAAAAGAUUCUGAACAAUGUUUUGGGUGGUUUGGUUUUCAGCUGACAUAUUCCUUGGCCAGUAACCAUGUGACAUUUCCAUAAGGUGGGAGAAAGGGGAAUGCUUGCAGGGGUCCUGACCCUAGGAGCCACAUGAAUGUGUAAGCAUGGAUAAUGGUGGCCUGGGGUCAGGUAUCAGGCCCAUUUGAUGACUUUGUGUGGUCCUAUAUCUGGUAUAACUUUAAAGGAUUUCAGUUAAAAGAUCAUAUAUGAAGAGAUUACGAACCAAUAAGUGUCAUUUUAAUUAUUAUGUAAUGACUCAGUAGAACUACAACAUGCGCCGUCAAUCCAGUGACUUUUAUGAACGGCUGAACAGAGUUAUGUCUCCGCCUAGUGGUGACUAGUGGUUGUACCGCCGCGUACUCUACACACCUUUUUUUCCACCUUCAGUACCAAACUUUCAUUAGUUACACAUGUUAGCAGUGCAGCUCUGCAAGAGGAAUGAAUCUUUCAGCUGCCUUUGCAUGACGUUGCGUUUCAGCGUGCUGUGAUAAAUUGCUUUUUGCCAAAGAACAAGCUGCAGAGAUUAAAUGGGUUUGGCUUUUGUUUCUGACAGAGGGUCUAUGUAUGGAAUCUGUUUGGAAAUUAAAGGCAAAGCUAAAGACUGUGA